AUGGGUUUUAAGUCUGAUACACCCUAUACCAGCUGUAGGGGACCCACAUUCACUGAUUUGCAACAAUGGAUACAUUUAGAUGAGAAAUGGUUCUACAUUAAUCCAGAAACAAGAACCUUCUACCUACUGCCUACAGAAGAAGGUCUAUACAGGGCACAGCAAUCAAGGAGGUUCAAGAUCAAAGCAAUGUUUAUGGGAAUGAUAGAGAAGCCAUUGUUUGAUGAUGAAAACAACAUGAUACAUGAUGGAAAAUAUGGUCUUUUUCCUUUUGUAAAGUAUGAAAUGGCCAAAAAGAAAAGCAAGAACAAAGAUGUAGGGACUCUAGAGACAAAGGCAAUCCAAAGUGUCACAAAAGAAUGCAUAAGGCAGAUGCUGCUAACACAUGUCAUCCCCACAAUCUAUGAGAAAUGGCCACAAAAGCUACCAAAGGACAUCAUCAUACAAUGGGAUAAUGCUAGGCCUCAUCAGGUGCCAAAGGAUGAAGAAUUUCAAGCGGCUUGUCAUGCACAUGGGUUCAACAUUCAAUUCAUUUUCCAACCAGCUCAAUCACCAGAAACAAAUGUUUUAGAUUUAGGCUUGUUUAGUGUGAUUCAAUCAUUACAAUAUUUAUCAUUUCCAAGGAAUCUAGAUGAAUUAAUCAAGGAAGUUGCUAGAGCUUUUGAAGAAUUUGAUCAUAUAUUGAACAAGUACACAUGGAUCACACUUCAAUCAUGCAUGAUGAAGAUACUAGAAAAGCAAGGUGGUAAUAACUUCUCUCCCCCACACAUGAAGAAGAGAAGCUUGGACCGCCAAGGUCUACUACCACAACUACUACAAGUUGACAGGGAUCUCAUUGCUCAGGUAGUGCAUUUUUUGGACACAGUCACAAUUACAAGAGAUGAUCAAGGGCACAUAAUGGGUGUGUUUUCAGUCAAAGCUUUAGCGAGUGUUGGUACCUCAACAAAAACCUCUGUGAGAAGGUUUGUGGAGCAUCCAGACCACCCAAGUAGCUAUCAGAUGAGUCCCAUCAUCAUAUGGAAAACCAAAAGGGAUAUGCAUUAA